AUGCUGGCGGCGCGCGUGAAGAGCUACUACGCGGCGGCGGGAGGCGACGGCGCGGGCAAGAAGGUGAAGGAGGUCGUGCCCCCCAGCGCCAGGACCUCCAGGACCUCUCGGACGGCAUGCGGACGCCUGGCGCUGUCGUCGUCCUGCGCGCCGCUCCUCGCCAGCCUCAAGAAGACCCACAGCUGCGGCGCCAGCCUGCACGUGCCGCUGCCCACGCACGCCGUGCUGGCCGUGGAGGGCCCCGCGGCGCUCAGCAAACGGCCCAAGAAGUCGCGUUCCGUCGGCGACCUCGCCAACUACGCUAAGCACUUCACGAAGUGCAGAGCCGGCGUGCCGGCGCCUAUGGACCGCGGCGGCGAGGGCGGUGUCCGGGACUCCACGCCGGGGCCGUGGGCGGUGCAGCCCGCCGCGCUCGCGCACGGGACCGCGUCGACGGGGACGUGCGGGGCCCUCCGGGCGUGCCAGCUCCUCAUGCUCAACGCCUGGAGGAUGCGUAGGGAGGAGACCCGGGUGCUGCGGACGCGCGUCGACCAGAUGCGCCUCCAGAUCACGACGCUGCGCUCCCUCAACAAGCAGGAGGGCGAGCGGGCGGUGCGGGCGCACCAGGACUCGGGGCGAGCCCGCCUGCAGUGCGACGGGCUGCGCCAGCAGCUGGAGGCCCUGCGGACGGAGAGCGAGAGUCUGGCCGCCGCCAACGCGGCCCUGGAGGGGCGCAUCGCGGAGCAGAUGACGACGGCCGAGAACCUGCGCAACGAGCUGCAGGCCGCCAAGCAGGACGCCGCGGCCCUCGACGCGCAGCUCGCCAAGGAGCGCGCCAAGCUGGCCGCCGCGCGGCAGCAGUGUGGUGACCUCAACGAGCAGGUGGCGGGGACGGAGGCGCUGCUGAAGGAGGCUGGAGUGCAGCUGGAGGCGGCGCGGUGCGACUGCGAGCGGUAA